AUGGCGCUGUCCAGGGCCGCAGCCCGAGGGGGGCUCUGGCGUCUCGGCCCUGUCGCCCUGAGCCCCCCUCGGGGGCGGAUGCAGCCACAACUCGUUCUGGGUGUGCCCAGGUCCCAGGUGUGUUCCCAGCUGCGCAGGUCCCAGGUGCGCUCUCUCUCCUCCCGCGCCACCUCCCGCGCCCUCGUGGCCGCCGUGGCCUCUGCAGCCCGGCGGGUCAGCGCCAGGUACGAGCAGUACCUGGAGAGGAGCUUCCCCAGGUUCUACGUGCUCUACAGCACCUUCAAAACUGGAAUCCAGGCACUCUUCCUGGAGGCAAAGGAGAUCAGGAAGAUCAAAUCCAAGAUGUCCCAGCAGCAGCUGAGCACACAGCAGCUCCCGUACCGGGAGAUGGAGCGGCUGCGCCAGUUCCGCAGGGAUGUGCUCAAGGCCAUUCCCAUCGGGAUCAUCGCCAUCCCCCCCUUCGCCAACUUCCUGGUCAUUGUCCUGAUGUAUUUCUUCCCCCGGCAGCUCCUGAUCCGUUACUUCUGGACGCCCAAGCAGCAGCAGGAGUUCCUGGACGCCUACGGCCGCGCGCGCAGGGACGUGUACCCGGACGUGCUGCGGGGCCUGGCACGGGCAGCGGGGUCCCUGCCUGAGCCCCAGCCCCGAGAGCUCCUGCAGCAGCUCUGUGCCCAGGUGCAGGGGGGUGCCCAACCCCACCUGGCCCAGCUCCUGGCUGUGAGGAGUUUGUUCUCUGGCUCUGUGCUGGCACUCAACAGGCUCCGGGUGGAUCACGUGAGGGCCUUGAGCCAGGUGCUGUUCCUCACCCCGUACCUGCCGGCCUUCCUGCUGCGGCACCGCCUGCGGAGCCACGUCCUGGAGAUCCAGCACCUGGACCGUGCCCUGCUGCACCUGGGGCUGGGGCAGCUCUCUGAGGAGGAGCUCAGAGCGGCCUGUUACCUGCGUGGGCUCAACUCCACUCACCUGGGCCAGGCCAAGUGCAGAGCGUGGCUGGAGCAGUGGCUCAGGCUCUCCUGUGAGCUCCAAGCUUCUGAAGCCUCGCUGCUGGCCCACAGCAUGGUCCUGCUGUCCCUCAACUACAGCCAGCCCCCAGAGUGACACCCGUGUCCCUGCUGGAGCCCUGGUGGAUCGGGGGGUGGCAGCUGCGUGUCCCUCACCUCAGCCUCGUGCCCAACCUGGUGAUUCCCAGCCUGGUGCUGCCAAAAUCCCAGCUGAGCUGAGCUGAGCUGAGCUGAGCUGGCUGUUCUUUGCUUGGGAGCCCGCAGAGUGCUCGGGGUGAGGCUGAGCACAGCCGGGAGAGGUGGUUUCAUUGUUGCAGUAAUUAACUGCAUCUUGUUAAUUACGGGAGAGAGUGAGCAGCUCCCUGCCCUGGGGAUGUUCCUGUGGGAUCUGCUGGAUGCUUCCCAUGGGGUUUGUGACUCCUUGCUGGAGGUUUUUCCUUUGUUUUCUCUGCUGAACAGUCUUAAAUGUCACACCCUGCCCUCAGGGGUUGAGGAGCAGCCUCGAGUUCCCCCCAGAUCCC